AUGACAAACCCAGCCACAGCUUGUUGGUUUUCUCUAACAGCGGAAUGCGUGUUGAGCGCAGCAGAGCGUAGCGACUUGCGGUCCUCGGGCUCAACUUUCUCAACUCGUAAAUCAACCUCAUACUACACCAUGCACUUCGACGUCAACAACACGCCCACCACCAAUGAACGAACAGUCUGCCUCUGUCACAUCUCCAGCUCUCCAGCUGCCGCAUCUUCGCCUGCCUAG